AGAUCAGGUAAACCAGUCACUCUACUACUCGAUGGAACAAGCUACAUGGGCCGCGUUCCUCGGCAUUGUCCUUUGCGCAGCGCUCUUCCACAGGACCUUCCUUGCGCGCGGCCGGCGCCGGGCCAACAACCCCCCGCCCGGCCCCAAGCCAUGGCCGAUCAUCGGCAACCUAAACCUCGUGGGCGAGCUCCCCCACCGCUCCAUGAACGAGCUCUCCAAGCGGUACGGUCCGCUCAUGCAGCUCCGGUUCGGGUCGUUGCCUGUUGUCGUCGGCGCGUCGGUUGAGAUGGCAAAGCUCUUCCUCAAGACCAAUGACGCGGCGUUCUCCGACCGGCCGAGGUUCGCAGUCGGCAAGUACAUCGCGUACGACUUCUCCGAGGUUCGCCAGGCACGUAGGAUCUGCGCCACCGAGCUCUUCAGCGCCACGCGGCUCGAGUCAUUCGAGCACAUCCGCGACGAGGAGGUGCGCGUGAUGCUGCAACAGCUGCGCCAAGCGGCUGGGCGCACCGUGCUGCUCAGGGACUACCUGCAGAUGUUGACGCUCGGCGUGAUCUCGCGCAUAGUUCUGGGCAAGAAGUACGUCCAGGAGGAGGCGGCGGACGGUGAGGGGGACUCAGCGCCGGCGAUGACGCCUGCCGAGUUCGGGGAGAUGGUGGACGAGUUCUUGGUGCUUCACGGUGUGUUUAACAUUGGUGAUUACAUCCCAUGGCUAGAUUGGCUGGACCUGCAGGGCUACGUUGCUAGGAUGAAGAGAAUGAAGGCGAGGUUUGGUCGACUCCUGGAACGACUCCUGGACGUGCACAACGAGCGGCGGCUACGCGAGGGAGGGAACUUCGUGGCAAAGGAUAUGUUGGACGUGCUGCUGCAGCUGGCCGAUGAUACUAGUCUUGAAGUCCAGCUCAACAGGGACAAUGUUAAGGCUAUCACACAGGACCUAAUCAUUGGAGGCACGGAUACUAGUGCAAAGGCCCUGGAGUGGGCUGUCUCGGAGCUGCUCAAGAACCCCAAGGUCUUAGCCAAGGCCACAGAAGAGCUGGACCACGUCAUAGGGCCGGACCGACUGGUGACAGAAAGCGACCUCCCUCGCCUCCCCUACAUCGAGGCUGUGCUCAAGGAGACCCUGCGCCUGCACCCUGCCGCGCCGAUGCUGGCACCCCACGUGGCCCGCGAGGACACAUCCGUGGACGGCUACGACGUGCUCGCUGGCACGGUCGUGUUCAUCAACGUGUGGGCAAUCGGCCGCGACCCUGCGCUGUGGGACGCGCCGGAGGAGUUCCGGCCGGAGCGGUUCUUCGAGAGCAAGAUCGGCGUGAGGGGCCAUGACUUCCAGCUGCUGCCGUUCGGCUCUGGCCGGCGAAUGUGCCCCGGGAUCAACCUCGCGCUAAAGGUGAUGGCUUUGACCCUUGCCAAUCUGCUUCACGGCUUCAAGUGGAGGCUUCCGGACGGCGUGACGGCGGAGGAGCUGAGCAUGGAGGAGGCCUUCCAGCUCACGGUACCGCGUAAGUUCCCGCUCGAGGCCGUGGUCGAGCCCAGGUUGCCAGACCGCCUGUAUACGGGCGCUUGAUCGAUGCCCGUACCUGUGUUGGACACUUGGACUGUUGGCAUGUGUGGAGCACAGCACGUGAUUGUUCAGCUCUUGGAAAAUUAAUGUUGUGUCUCGUAUACAAAUUAAUUAUGGUAGUGCAUAUAUAAUGCACGGUUUGUGAGAGUUUGAUGUUUCAGAUCUAUACGUUGAAUUAGGCCUUUAUGCCUUGUUCGGUUAUUCCUAAUACACAUGGAUUGAAUGAGAUUAGAAAAAUUAAGAAG